ACAAUAAGGGAGAUAUAAUUCAAUUAGUCUUGAUUUCAUUUUAUUUAAUUUUGAUUUUGUUGCUUUACUUUCUCCUUCUUUUUAGAUCUGCCUGACUACGGAGUAUAUGUAGUCAGUUUUGCGUACAGAUACAUGCGCAUUUAUGUUUCAAAUUUAUUUCGUGUUCUAGCGAGCACAUACGUGUGGUAACAAAUUUAAGCAACACACAGUUGGCUGAGCAUUUAUGCCACUUGUACUGGAUGCUCUGUCAGAUCAGGUCAGGAAUUUUUCAGUGCCAAUAGAAUGUGCGGUUCAUAAUCUAGAAGCAAGUGAAUGAAAUUAACGCGAUACCGUGGAGAGAAAUGCAACGUAUAAAGAUGUAUGGCAAGGUCCCAGUGUGGACGUCGAGCCAUAAAGAAGAAGAAGAAGUGUAGUAAUCCAGUACUUAAAUCAUGUAUUCAUUGCAGGAUUACAUUUUUGGUCGUUCCUGAUUCGACGAUGCCAUCGUACGACGCUUUAAUAGGAAGAGAUUUUUUAAUGAAACCUGACAUUCAAACGAUCAUCGAGAGAAGACGUAUCAAAAUUUCUAGAAAACCGGUGAUUCAAAAAGUGGUGCAUGGAAACAAAAAUGAAAUAAAACAAAUAAGUUCCCUCGAAGAAUCUGUAAUAUUGAAAAAUGUUGGAAACGUUAUAUAUGCAUUGCUAUCGAUCUCGAAUUGGUUGACUCCAUCGGUGCUGUCGAAAAUUGGACCAAAGAUUGCUAUGCUUUUGGGAGCGCUCACCUACUGUUUAUUUAUCCUUACAUUUUUGUGGCCUCAAACAUGGUUGCUUUACGUCGCGAGUGCAGUAUUAGGAACUGGAGCCGCACUUAUAUGGACUGGUCAAGGAAUGUACCUUUCAAAAUGUAGCGAUGAGUCUACCAUUUCUAGGAAUUCCGGAAUCUUUUGGGCUUUGCUCCAAAUGAGCAUGUUCUUUGGAAACCUCUUUGUAUUCUUUCUCUUUCAAGGAAAAACACACAUUGAUAAUGAUACACGAACCCUAGUGUUCUCGAUUUUGGCUGGUGUAGCCAUCAUUGGUAUUGUGUUCCUAGGAGCUCUACGAAAACCAAAUCAACCGAGUAUAACUGUAGACGAUGAAAUGCCUGAGCACCAGCAAAGCCCAAAACAAGCAUUUAUUAAUGCAGUGAGAUUAUUUAUGACUAAACGCAUGUUGCAACUGAGCGUUACUUUUAUAUACACAGGUUUGGCGUUAUCGUUCUUCAGUGGCGUGUAUGGAGCAAGCAUUGGAUUCACUGAGGCAAUUGGAGAAUCAGCUAAGCAACUUGUCGGACUUAAUGGAGUGUUUCUCGGUGUUGGCGAAGUUCUUGGAGGAGUUAUUUUCGGAUUGUUGGGAAAACGAACUGCCAAAUGGGGCCGCGAUCCAAUCGUAAUCGCUGGUUUUAUCAUACAUAUUAGCAGCUUUUUCCUCAUAUUGAUGAAUAUACCAAAUGCUGCCCCCUUUGGAGAUACGGACGAUGUUGCGUUUUUUAAACCACCGAUUGCAGCUGUAGCUAUUUUAUGUUCUUUUCUUCUUGGCUUAGGAGAUGCUUGUUUCAACACACAGAUAUACUCUAUGCUUGGAGGAGUAUUCGCUAAAAACUCGGCGGAAGCCUUUUCAAUAUUCAAAUUCACACAGUCUGUAGCAACCGCAAUUAGCUUUGUGUACUCAUCUCAUUUGGGACUACGAGUUCAGUUAGGUAUCCUUCUAGUCUUUGGAAUUUUGGGCACUGCGUGUUUCUGCUUAGUAGAAUGGGCAGUGAAACGAUCCCGAGCCGUGGAUGUAAAUGAAUGUGAAACUGUCGAUACUAAGAAAUAAAUAUGAUUAUUGAACGAUUGAA